AUGGAAGCCAAUGCAGCAAGCGAUGAGGGUGUGCAUUUCCAGAGCUACCCUUUUGACUUCUUGGAGUUCCUGAACCACCAGCGCUUUGAACCUAUGGAGGCCUACAAUCACGAACACGCCAAAGCUGUUGCUGCCCUCCCUUGCCCACAGCCACAGUAUGAAUAUGCCCAGCCACCGACAGCUGCUCCACCUGCUCAUUUUGACCGCGUCCCUGCCACCAUUGGCACACCUAAACCCAAAGCUGAGGGCCCGUCCUCCUCCUCUUCCUCAGCCACCACAUCUGGGACCGUUCAAGUCAAGAAAGCUGAGCCAGGGGCCCCUGCACCACCUCCACCCCCCCAGCAGCAGCAGCAACCGCCAUACAGUACUCCAGCCGUGGUACAAACAGCAGGCCAGCCUCUCUUUGACAGUACAGCAGCUGCAGCUGCUGCGGCGGCAGCUUACAACACUCCUCAGUGGGGCAUAGUAGACCUUUCUGGCCACCAGCAUCUCUUCAGCAGCCUGAAACGUGGACAGGCUCCCCCACCAACUGCAGCCACGGUUACUCCUGACAGUCAGGCAGGCAAAGACGACAAGAACUAUUUCCGUCGACUGAAAUAUUUCAUUGAUCGGCGAUUCCCAUGUGGCGUGUGCCAGAAGUCAUUCAAGCAGUCAUCCCAUCUUGUUCAACACAUGCUGGUGCACACAGGCGAACGGCCGUACGAGUGCACCACCUGCGGCCGUACCUAUAACCACAUCUCCAGUCUCAUCCGGCAUCGCCGUUGUCACAAAGACACUGAGGAUGCUACUGCUGCUGCCAAUGCAGUGGCUGCUAAUGCAGCUGCUGCCAACGCAGCGGCCGCUAAUGUAGCAGCUGCCAACAUAGUGGCUGCAGCCACUGCUGCAGCCGCUGCUGCCGCCAGCAUAACAGCAGCACCUGGCGCUGAGGGAGCAGCCCAGGCUCCUACCCAAAGCGGUAACCCCCAGUCAGUAGCUGCACCAUCUGGUGGAACAGCCACAUCUGCCCUCAGUGCUGCCAUAGCUCAAGCCGAAGGUCCUUUUACCUGCUCUCUGUGCUGGAAAGUGUUUAAAAAGCCAAGUCAUCUUCACCAGCAUCAGAUUAUCCAUACUGGUGAGAAGCCAUUCUCCUGCUCCGUCUGCCAGAAGAGUUUUAAUCGCCGUGAGAGCUUAAAGCGACACGUGCGGACACACUCAGACUUGUUGCGAGUCCAGUGUGGGGUUUGUGGCAAAGAGUUCCGGGAUGCCUCCUACCUGCUCAAGCACCAGGCCACUCACGCUCCUCCUGGAACUUUACCUCCACGCCCCGAGUACAAAUGUGACAUCUGUGGCAAGGGCUACGUGGCUCCCCAGAAUCUACUACGUCAUCGGCAGCUCCAACACGAGGGUGUCCAGCUGUCCAAGGAUGGCACCAAUACCUUGCCUUAUCUGCCACCAGGGGCCUACCUCCUUCCACAAGACCCACAAGGCACGGGCUCUGAGGGAGACACCAAGCCAACCUCCUAUGGUCUCUUGGGUGCCCACCCCUUGCUGGUAGGGACAGCGGCAGGCAAGAAUUUCUCCUGUGGGAUCUGUGGCCGUGGCUUUGGACGACGGGAGACACUAAAGCGUCAUGAGCGGAUCCAUACAGGUGAGAAGCCUCACCAGUGCGCAGUGUGUGGGAAGCGUUUCCGUGAAUCUUUUCACCUCAGCAAACACCAUGUAGUGCAUACUCGGGAGAGGCCGUACAAAUGUGAAAUAUGUGGGAAAGUGUUUGGUUAUCCCCAAAGUUUAACUCGGCAUAAACAGAUUCACCGGUUACAGCUACCUUGCUCUUUACCACCCAUGGGGCCCUCCCUGACCCCCAUGGGCCCUUCUCUCCCUCCACCCCCUGAGGGACUAACCUAUGGCUGUUCUGACUGUGGAGAGCGCUUUCCUGAUCUUUUUCAUGUCAUGAGCCACAAGGAGGUCCAUGUGGCCGAGAAGCCCUACCCUUGUGAUGUCUGUGGCAAAUGUUUUGGUUUCAUUGAGAAUCUCAUGUGGCACAAACUUGUCCACCAAGCUGCUCCUGAGCGACUUAUACCACCAGAUGAAACAGCAGCUGCUGUCGCUCCACUAGAGAACGGGCUAGCUAGUGGUGAGAACAUGUCGUCUUAUGAAGAUCAUCCAACCUUGCCAAGUGGAGAACGUUUCUCCUGCUCUAUCUGUGGCCAGACCUUCAAGCAUUUCCUGGGACUUGUGACCCACAAGUAUGUGCAUCUGGUGCGUCGCACGUUGGCCUGCUCGGUCUGUGGACAAAGUUUUGCUGGAGCUUAUGACUUGCUGUUGCAUCGUCGCACACACUUGCAAAAGCGGCACUUCUCAUGCCCAGUCUGUGGCAAGCGCUUCUGGGAGGCUGCCCUUCUCAUGCGUCACCAACGCUGCCACACCGAGGAGCGCCCAUACCGCUGUGCUGUCUGCGGGCGUGGUUUUCUGCGCUCCUGGUACCUGCGUCAACACAAAGUGGUUCACACAGGUGAGCGUGCUUACAAGUGUGCCCUCUGCAACAAGCGCUUUGCCCAGUCAUCCAGUCUGGCAGAACACCAGCGUCUUCACGUAGUUGCCCGGCCUCAGCGUUGCCCGACUUGUGGCAAGACCUUCCGCUACCGUAGCAACCUUUUGGAACACCAGCGAGUCCACCUGGGUGAGAAAGUCUACCGCUGUGACCGCUGCUCCAAGAGCUUCUUCUAUCUGUCAUCCAUUCUGCGUCACCAACGCUCCCACGAUGCUAAGCGUGAAUUGAGAUGUGGGGCGUGCCUCAAGCUCUUCAAAGACCCCAAGUAUUUUAGCAAACACCUCCAGGCCCAUCAGGGAGGACGGCCCUUCAAAUGCAGCACCUGCGGAGAAGCCUUCUCCAAUACUUACGGCCUCAAAAAGCACCGUCACAUUCACAAGAUGGAGCGCUUUGCUGCCAUGGGGGCCCAUAAGGAACAGCCCUAA